ACCCGCUCUCACCCCCUUCUCAUCUGAAUAGAAUGAACCGAAAAAGAAAAAAUUUAUGGAAAGCUAUACAAGCGGUGGACCAGCGGAGGCAGCGGCGAGUAUGAAGCCGGCAGUGGUUCAAUGACGAAGAUGGAGGAACAGCCGUCGUGAGGGGCGGCUGGGUGCCUCUCUCUCUCCCCUUGCUAUUGCCACACACACCAGCCAUCUUGCGCACCUUCGUCUUUACCUUCCCCUUCGCGAUGACGCGGCUCUCUGCGCCAUUUUUGGCUGCGCGCCAUCGUCACAUUGGGCAAUUCUUCCGCUAUGGAUGUCGUCGUCUUCCUCAACUGAUUUUGGGUGAUUCAGGUAGGUUGGUUCCUAAAUCAGCAUGAAUGAGGGAUCUUUGGGCGGCGAGAAGUUGCAGCGGGAAUGUAAUUUUGAUUUGAACGUCGAGGUGUGCGAAGAUGUCAAGGAAACCUGCGUCAAUGUUGCCAAUGGGAAUGGUAUUUAUGAGGCAACUGUCAUAUCGGGUAAGAUGGGUCAGCUCCAAAGAGACAUGACAAAUCUUAAUCAGAGAUCUAUGGAAGUUGAUGAUGUUCGUAGUGAUUUGAAUGAUGUUUCCAAAGAUUCCACGCCAAAGGAUGUUCCUGUAACUGUAAUAUCUGGUCAUGAACAGUCCAAAAUUUUUCAGGCAAAGUUGCAAUUACCCUCUUCUUCCCAAGAUUUAAAUUCAGACGAUGUUCAUGUUCUUGAAGUCUUUUCUAUUUAUGCUUGUUUAAGGUCAUUCAAUACUUUAUUAAUUUUGAGUCCAUUUACGUUGGAGGAUCUUGUAGCUGCUUUGAAGUCCAAAAUUCUAAGUAUAUUAUUUGAUAGCAUUCAUGUUUCUAUUUUGGAAACUCUGAAAAAGCAUUUGGAAUACCUUUCCAAUGAAGGAAUCUUAAUUGAGAUUUUCUGGACAUUGUCACAUGACCUAUUUUCAUGGCCGAGUAUCUUUUGAUUCAUGGUUUACGAUUUAAAACUAGCUUUAAUCUUAACUACUCAAAUUUCACAGCUGAGACUACUACAACCAACCUGUGAAUGGGAAGGUUUGGAUUCUUCGGUACUUUAGUUCUUGAGUCUCUUUACUUUUGUCUAUAUUUUAUUGUUAUUUUUAUCUUUUUUUUUGUUAUUUUUUAUGUUUUUUUGCAGAGUUGGAGUCUGAGAGCAGAAGCCUUGUUUGUUCUUUAGAAUGAAAAUCCAACAUUGCUCAUUAGUGGCUCUCACUAAUUAAUGUGUUAUCAUUAUUAUUUAUUUUUAGGAAAAGUAUAGGUAGACAAUGAAAAUAUUAAACAAUAUG